AUGGACUUUUUCGACGAUGUGGAGGGCGAUGAGUCUGAUGAGGAGGAGCGGAUGCUGGAGGAGAUGACAAGAGGCUAUAUACUUGACGAUUUUGAAUUUAACCUGGAUUCGAAAACAGCAUUACCCCGACAGUCGGCAUCCACCGCAUAUUCCGAUUCGACGUUACCUAGGGAAUCGGGUUCGAGUGGCUACUCGUCAGGAACAACAUGGGCGAGCUCGGUUAGCUCUGCGCAUAUGCUGAAUGGAACCCACUUGACUACAGUAACAGAAGUUCCAGUAACGCCCCCACCCCCGCCUCCAACCUUUUCGCCUCACCUGCCUCCACCUUCGCUUCCUCCUCAGGUACCACCUCCACCACCGCCCCUAGCGCUAGCACCCUUGGCACCGUUAGCGCAAAAAAUUAAGGAACCACUGCCAACACUCCCUAACCCUAACAUUGCAGCAAUCCCGGGGCUUGCGGUUACGAAGUCUUCAUAUAGUGUAAGAAGUAGACGCCUUUCGGCCUUGGCGGAGCCUCUCAAGGUUGAAACAUCAGUGUCCAAUACCGCUUCCUCAUCAAACACAACUGCCGUACCGACAACAUUGGUGCGUGGGCCGUCACCCCAACCAGGAGCAGUUGACUCAGAACCUCCAUCCGAACCACCUCCAUUACCACCUGUAAGCCCCCCAUUGAACGCCCCUCCAAAGUCAGCCUCAGCCGUAUCCUCGUCCCGACUGGGCGCCUCCAGCGACUUUGGGGACGGCUCGUUGCCGGAUCCUCCAGCAACCGCUCAAGGUAUUUCCGGCAGAAAGCUUUCAUCACCAACACCUCCAACACUCGAACCUCCUGGACUGAGUGUUCCGUUGGCAAAGACAGUAUCUGACGACGGCGCAUCAGGUUCUCCGGCUAGGUAUACUCCACGAAUAGCUGGCAUCCCCGGUUCGCUAAGGCAGAUACAAUCAUCGGCGAGCUUGAAGAGUAGGAAUGUUGGUGGUCCCGACACCGAAUCUCCGGGAAUACCUCACAACGGCCUGUUUUCGUCGUCCAGCGCUUCAAAUUUAAGGAAGGCAUUUCCGAGAUCGGCAACUCCUGCUACACCCACCAUCGUACCUAAUACACCAAUGGGCGCCCCUCCGACUGCAGGACUUCCCGCUGGAGGAAUGCACCUUUUCGAGAGCAAACUUCAUUCACCCGCUACACCUGGUAAUGAGGAGGCUCUCUCUUCUAGUAUUCCAGUACCUCUCGAACCCUGUCCUCCCGAGCCAUUGUCUAAGCCCUUCUGGUUGAUGAGGUGCUUUUAUCAAACCGUAGCCCAUCCCCGUGGUGGAUAUAUCUCUGCUAGGCUUUUUGUACCUAGAGAAGUCUGGUUCAUCAAGGGGGUUAAGAUCCGCGCAGUGGACGACAAAAUUUCUGCAUGCGACCUUGUCAGCGCAGCAUUGGCCAGACUUGCAAGGGUAAAGCAUAACGACAUACACGCUCUCUAUGAAGAAAUGCAAUCGCUCGAAGGCGUCCUCGAUCGCGCGCAAACUGUUCUUUCAAAGAAACUUGGGAAUGAAGUAGGAUCAGUCGGCGCGAGAUCCCUUUACCAAACCGAGCACACGAUAUCAGAAGGCAACGCCCAUGACAUGGUGACCAAAUCCACCGGUGUCACUGGAGGGAAGAGCUACUUUUCCUUGCGCAAGCUCCGUACAAAGUCCUCCAACACUGCGCUCUCUAGCUUUGGUUCGUCGUCUAAUCUUGCGGGCGGGGACUUUUAUGGUAGCAGUGGGUUGCCGAUGGCCGCUGGUGCGACAGAUUCCUCUUCCCAGCCCAAGAGGAACUUGGAGAGUGUUACUUUUGGCGGGCCUCAUGCUGCUUAUAUCAGUGCUUUGGCGCGGUUGUUUGAUGCCGCACAGAUUCUUGACCGCCUCCCAGUAUUCGAUGAAGGCAGCCUCCCUGAGAAGACUGCCCCAACCAAAAAAGUCGGAUUAGAGCUUAGCCAUCGUCACGCAGCAGAGUUCUUUGGAUUCUACAUUUGUCGUUUCGUACUGGCCGAUGUUUCCCUCCUUCUAGACAAGUUUGUGAAGAGGGGUAAUGAGUGGGUUGCACAGUAA